AUGGCCCAACAAAACUUCCAAACUUGUCUUGGUGUUCCGAUUCCUGAGUCAUUGAGACGGCUGACCGGAGCACCACCUGCCUGCCUUCCCAUCUCCGGAGAUGUGGCAGCCGUUGAAAUAACAGGGAGCCUUGGUGAAGGCUUCAGCAAGCCUAGAGACGAAAUCAUGCAAGCGCAACACUUGACUACCGGAUUUUCGGACAUAAUCAUCAUCUUAGAGCGUCCGCUUGACAGGCAGAAUCACAAAUUCAACUGCAGCUCCGAGGAUUUUGUGAAAAGCUCCAAGACGCUCUCGGCCGUGGAUGAACUCAUUCGCUUCGCAAGUAAAGGCGCUCGAAGCAUACAUACUGUUACUGUGCUGAACGCAUUCCCUUUUCAGCCCGACAAAUUUGCGACGGGACGAGAAAGAAAAGGUCACGAAGCUCUCGCUCGGAUUUUGCAAGCAAAGAAACCCAAAGUGAUCUUGAGAUGCCAUCGUGAAGAGUAUUCGGACGAAUGGCUCAAGCGAAUCGAGCUGCCAGGGCGGGAUUACCGACUGGGCCGGAAAGAAAUCAACAUCACCGAAGAUCAUGCAGCGGUGGUCUUGCAGUCGUUCCAUCCAUCGUGUGCCGUGAACAAUGCCGACUGCAGACCUGAAUACCGAGCAUUAUUGAUGUACCAUUUCGUGGCCGCCUUUUCGGAAUUGUGGUCUGAGUUCAGUCUGCCAGACACCGCGGAGAUGAUUAGAAUGCUUUGCCUCCAGAAAGGCGAACGAAUGUGGCACGACGUCCCAAACUAUAAGCCAUGGCAAGCAGCAUUUCGCAUAUCUGAAGCAUUGGAAAAAGCAUACGACGGUCCAUGCAAGGCACAUUUCCUUAGAAUUUCGGACGAAACUCCAUUGGAACACUGCAGUACACGAAUCAAGGGAUUUAAUGCCAUGUGCAAAUCACUGAAUCAGCUUUUCGGGAACUCGAACAACUUUGGAUGCCUUGGAAUUGCGAAAGUUGUUUUGUUUCUCUGGGAACAGCACUUCCGGGACGACCCUCUAUACGAGCAAACAAAGUCAUGGCUGCUAUUACGAGGUAAUGAGCAAAAGGAUUGGUUUUCGUCUGGACCUCAUCCGGCUCCCUACCAAAGCCCGCUAGAAGACGAUUUUUCGGGACUUCGAAUAUCGGAGCGACCCCUUCUAUGUGGCAAUCAAAAACUUACUGAUGAACUAAGGCUCUUAGCUGACGAGGCAUCUGAAUCACUUGGAAGUGCGGAGUAUCUCGGAGAAAGGCUUCGUGCUAAUAUGGUUCGCAUUUUUGAGGAACACAAUGUUCUCGUUCGCAAAUACUUGAGUGGGACCUCGACGAGUGAUAUCAACAACGCAAUGCGUAUCAGAGCUCAGUUGAACUCUUGUGAGGUUUUUUUAUCCACAUUCAUUGAUCAAAAUGUUUCUCUGGAACAAACCGACAUGCUUGACCUGGUAAGGCUCCAUAAAGAGCUAGCGAGCCUGGUUGCUGCCAACAGUGCGGGAUGA